AUGAUCCCGCAGAAGACGCAAAUUACAGCGUUCUUCGAUAAAAAGCGGGGUCAGCCUUCUCCUCCGGAGGGGCUCAGCCUUCGUAUCAAAGGAGUAGAAAUCCCGAUCACUCCCGAACAAAAGUAUCUGGGUCUUUGGGUGGACGGCGUUAGAAGCUUCAGCGGGCACGUCGACCAAGUGGUGCGAAGAGCCAAACUGGUGGCGAACAACCUGUCGAGGUUGCUACCAAACCUCGGCGGGGCAGGAGGACGUGUCCGUCGCCUCUACGUGGCGGUGGUCCAUGCCGUAAUGCUGUACGGCGCGCCAAUCUGGUGGCAGAAAGUGGGGGGAUCGCGCACCCUCAGAAAUAAAUUGCUGAGCGUGCAGCGAAUUAUAGCCACCAGAGCGGCAAGGGCAUGUCGGACCGUCGCUCACGCGGGGGCGACGACUCUCGCUGGGAUACCACUGGCGCACCUUCUGGCCAGGUCGUAUGCCGAAGUCUACGAGGGGGCAUGCCUGGUCAGGGAACGGCUGGGGGUAGUUACCCCAGACAUCAGGAAGACGUUGAGGCAAAACGCGAGGGCGACCCUUCUCCCGCGCUGGAAGGAUUGGGCCUUCCAGCAAGAGUUUGGGAGAAGGGUCAUAGAUGCCGUUCACCCGGUGUUCGAGGAGUAG